AUGAGUGCUUUUGAAAAAACGGGCAUAUGGCCAUAUAAUAAACUUGCUUUUAGUGACGAAGAUUUUGCUCCGGUUCAAGUUUACCAAUCCAAUUCUAACGCUACUAUAAAUAUUAAUAGGCAACAACAAGAAGACCCUAGUGAAGAAAACGUAAUUGUUGAACAAUCAACUCCACUGAAUUCACCGCCAUCGUCAUCAUCCCUGCUGCUACAAUCAAUAGACUUUGAUGCACCAUCAUCAUCUGCUCCUGGACUAAUAACUCCAGAGGCAGUUCGACCCUAUCCUAAAGUAAAUAAGAGUCAAAGUACAAAGGCGAAGAAAGGAAAAUUACCAGGAAAAUCUAGAAUUUACACAGACACACCAGAAAAGCAAAGGCUUCUAGAAAUACAAAAGGCAAAGGAAAUGAAAAAACAAGAGCAAGAAAGAAGAAAUAAAGCUAAAGAAAUGAAGCGUGCAUUGAAGAUGAUAGUCAAGACUGAUAAAAUAACGAAACCAAAGAUACAAAAAAAAGAUGCAGAGUUAGAAACUGAUAGUGAAGAUGAAAUUAAUAUAAGUUUAAGGGAGAGCAGUUCUUCACCUUUAUCGACUGAAGCAUCGGAUUUUGAAGAAGCAACUAAUAAAGAAGAACCAGAAAACGAAUAUGAUCUGUACGACCAAAUGCCGCGAAAUUAUCAAAGAAAGACAGACCGGCAAAAAUGGAGCGAGGAGGCUAUGUCACGAGCACUCGAAGAAGUAAAAAAAGGCAUGCCAUAUAAAACAGCCAGCAAGUUCUCGGAUAUUUUCGGCGAUGUGGACUUUGUGGCUGCAGAAACUACUGAUAUGGAAGCGGCUGCUCAAAACGAGGUUCCCAGUACUUCGGAAUCUGCUUUAAACGACGCUGUUGACGCCCAAGUUGAUCAAACAGUUGCUGUUCCUGAUCCACAACAACCUGAGUCGGGGGUAUAUGAUACCAAUACGACAGAUACAUUACUUAUAAAUGAUUGUAGAACACCUUCACCACAAAUCUUAGAUUCAAAUAGGACUCCAACAUCAUCACCUUCAUUACUUUCGCAAGAAUAUACUUAUAUUCAAAACGAUCCACCAGUGUCCCUGAAUUCUACAAAACCUCAAGAGAUUGGCACUGUCACAGCCUCCAAAUCAUUAUUAGAUUUACCAUCAACAUCUUUUGGUGUAUAUUCUCCACGAGACCUUCAACCUUUGCCAAAAAUAGACCGAAAAAGAAGUAAGAAUGUAAGAAAACGAAAAAUAGAUACAACGGUUUUAACUAGCACACCUUAUAAAAGCUAUUUAGAAGAAGAAACGCAAAAAAAGAAAGAAAAAGAAGAGGAUUAUGGAAACAAUCGCAAGGCCUGGAUGACGUCUGAUAUUUUUGUCAAGUGGGUGCGGGACUGGGAUCGAGAACUGAAUAAAAAAAAGAAAAAGAUCCUGCUUCUGGUUGAUAAUUGUCCAGCUCAUCCGCAACAACAAGAAGACCCUAGUGAAGAAAACGUAAUUGUUGAACAAUCAACUCCACUGAAUUCACCGCCAUCGUCAUCAUCCCUGCUGCUACAAUCAAUAGACUUUGAUGCACCAUCAUCAUCUGCUCCUGGACUAAUAACUCCAGAGGCAGUUCGACCCUAUCCUAAAGUAAAUAAGAGUCAAAGUACAAAGGCGAAGAAAGGAAAAUUACCAGGAAAAUCUAGAAUUUACACAGACACACCAGAAAAGCAAAGGCUUCUAGAAAUACAAAAGGCAAAGGAAAUGAAAAAACAAGAGCAAGAAAGAAGAAAUAAAGCUAAAGAAAUGAAGCGUGCAUUGAAGAUGAUAGUCAAGACUGAUAAAAUAACGAAACCAAAGAUACAAAAAAAAGAUGCAGAGUUAGAAACUGAUAGUGAAGAUGAAAUUAAUAUAAGUUUAAGGGAGAGCAGUUCUUCACCUUUAUCGACUGAAGCAUCGGAUUUUGAAGAAGCAACUAAUAAAGAAGAACCAAUGCCGCGAAAUUAUCAAAGAAAGACAGACCGGCAAAAAUGGAGCGAGGAGGCUAUGUCACGAGCACUCGAAGAAGUAAAAAAAGGCAUGCCAUAUAAAACAGCCAGCAAGUUCUCGGAUAUUUUCGGCGAUGUGGACUUUGUGGCUGCAGAAACUACUGAUAUGGAAGCGGCUGCUCAAAACGAGGUUCCCAGUACUUCGGAAUCUGCUUUAAACGACGCUGUUGAUGCCCAAGUUGAUCAAACAGUUGCUGUUCCUGAUCCACAACAACCUGAGUCGGGGAUCGCCGUGGAAAUAUAA